UUCCAACAAGUUGAAAAAUGCAAUCCAUAAUGAAUCCCAAUCCCUUGUCUUGGUCGCCUACCGGUCAAUACCGUUGAUAAAAAAUUAAUCUAACGGCCUACAUUUAAAAUUUGGAAAAUGUAUCAAUCCGCGUCGAAUGGCUCUCGACCAAUCAGAUUUGAGAUUUUGGAUAUGACUCCUUUUACUCUCACUAUUUAAAGCUUCUCAUUCUCCUUUGCUCCUUCACAUCUCAUAGAAAGAAAUCUCAGUAGAAUCUCCAUCUUGCAGAUCCAUUUCUUCUUUCCCAUUUUUCCGCCCCCAGAUCCUCCAUAAACCCUAACCCUAGUUUCAGUUUUGUGCGUUGAAAUGGCCACUGAAGAGCCAGUUGUUGCUAAUGAGGUUGUUGAUGAACCGGCGGUUGCUGAACUGGCUAAGGCGGAAGAGAACCCACCAGCUAAGUCUGCAAAAUCGAAGAAGGAACCUAAGGCUAAGAAGCCUGCUGCUCCAAAGAAAAAAACGGCCCCUGCUCAUCCCCCUUACUUUGAGAUGAUUAAGGAUGCGAUUGUGACGUUGAAGGAGAGGACUGGAUCGAGCCAGUAUGCUAUUACAAAGUUUAUUGAGGAAAAGCAGAAAAAUCUUCCACCAAAUUUCAAGAAAGUGUUGCUGAAUCAGUUGAAGAGGGUUGUUGCUUCGGGGAAACUGGUGAAGGUGAAAAGCUCCUACAAGCUUCCAUCGGCUUCUAAGCCGUCUGCUGCUGCUGCUGCUACUCCAGCGAAGAAGAAGCCUGCUGCAAAGGCAAAGCCCGCUACCAAGGCUAAGCCCAAGGCAAAGCCUUCUGCUAAGGCAAAACCGGCUGCAAAGGCCAAGCCGGCUGCUAAGGCAAAGCCAGCUGCUAAAGCUAAGCCGGCUGCUAAGGCUAAGCCUGUUGCCAAGGCGAAAUCUGCUGCUAAGGCUAAGCCAGUUGCUAAGGCAAAGCCUGCUGCUAAGCCCAAGGCUACUGCUGCUGCUAAAACCAAAGCUGCUCCUGCCAAAGCAAAGGCUGCUGCUAAGCCUAAGCCAAAGCCGAAGGAGAAGAAGCCAGCCAAGGUUGCAAAAACGGCUACCAGAACCACUCCAAGCCGGAAAGCUGCACCAAAGGCUACACCAGCCAAGAAGGAGCCGGCUAAGAAGACACCUGCGAAGGCCGUGAAGUCACCAGCGAAGAAGGCUACUACCACAAGAAGGGGAAAGAAGUAGAAGCGGAGGAUUUGUGUGUAGGGGUAGUUCUGUAAAUUUCCUGAAUCUGGGUGGUUGAUUUGGGUGUUUUGCCCUUGGGGAAGAAGCUAUAGAAAAUCCAGCUUAUUUUUCUCUUUUCUAAGCCUUGUUCUACAGUUGUUUAGAUCUUAAUUUUUUUUCCUUUUUUUUUUUUAAUUCCAUGUAGGGAUUUGGUGGAACAGUUCUAUUUCUGUACUGAUAUGUCAUUCUGGUUAUGAGAACUUGGCGUUUAUGCCCUUA